GAAUUGAAAGAACAAGAAGAAAAGCAAAACCAGGAAGCUGAAGCAAAAGAAUUAACAACAACAGAAUCAAUCGAAAAAGAAUUGACAACAACAAAAUCAACUGAAAAAGAAAAUGAUGAACCUGAGAAAGAGAAAACUGAUCAAGAAAAAAGGGAAGAAGUUACAGAUGACCUUGAAAAACCUGUCGCUGAGCAGAUCGAAAUCAAGGAAGAUGUAGAUGACAACAAAAUUAAAAAUGAGGAAGAAAAGGAAAAAGAAAAAUCUGCUGAAAUCAAGGAGAAAUCUGUGGUUGAGGAAAAGAUAGAUGAAAAUAUCAUCGAGAAUAAACCAGCUCCAGAAAAAACAAAAGAUAAAGUCAAGGACAAGGAAAAUGAGAAAUCUCGGAAAAAAUCUAAAGCGAAAGUGAUACGUAGGACUAAAUUAGAACGUCAGAUCAGUAAAGACGAACAUGUUGUUGCCAGAUAUGAAAUGGGACGUGUCUUAGGUGACGGAAACUUUGCUGUUGUGAAACAAAGUCGUCUGCGUAGUACUGGGCAAGAAUUUGGAAUUAAAGUGAUUGACAAAAGUAAAUUAAAGGGAAAAGAACACAUGGUUGAAAAUGAGAUUGAGAUAAUGAAGGAAUGCAAUCAUUUUAAUAUUGUGAAAUUAUAUGAAGAGUUUGAAACUAGAGAUAGGCUUUAUCUGGUUAUGGAACUUGUCAAGGGUGGUGAUUUAUUCGAUGCUAUCACACAGAGUGUUAAAUUUACAGAAAUUGAGGCAGCUAGGAUGGUCAAAGAUCUGUGUAAUGCUCUAUUUUACCUUCAUUCUAGAAACAUUGUACAUAGAGACUUAAAACCUGAAAACUUAUUGGUGCAUAGAAAUAAAGAUGGUACUGUAUCAUUAAAACUAGCUGAUUUUGGUCUGGCCAUGGAAGUUAAUGAUUUAAUCUAUACUGUUUGUGGUACACCAACUUAUGUUGCUCCUGAAAUACUCUCAGAAAUAGGUUAUAGUUUAGAAGUUGACAUGUGGGCUGUAGGAGUUAUUAUGUAUAUAUUAUUAUGUGGUUUUCCACCAUUUAGAAGUCCUGAUAGAAAACAAACUGAAUUAUUUGCUAUGAUAAAGGCAGGAGAAUAUGAGUUUGUGAUGCCAUAUUGGGAUGGCACUUCUUUAUAUGCAAAGAAUUUAAUAGGUCAUUUAUUGGUAGUUGAUAGAACCAAACGAUAUUCCUCUAUAGAUGUACUAAGUCAUCCAUGGAUUAUAUUUAAUGGGGAAGCCAAGAAC